GCCUGAGGAGACGUGUAGGGGUUGGGUUCGGCCCUCGUGAACUCUGACCCGAACGCGUGAGUUUCUUUUUCCGGGACAAGAUGGCGCCGUCCACACCACUCUUGGCGGUCCGAGGGUCAGAAGGGCUCUACAUGGUCAAUGGACCACCACAUUUUACAGAAAGCACAGUUCUUCAAAGGGAAUCUGGAAAAAAUUGCAAAGUCUAUACCUUCAGUAAGGAUGGGACCUUGUUUGCCUGGGGCAACGGAGAAAAAGUCAAUAUUAUCAAUGUCACUAACAAGGGAUUACUGCACUCCUUCGAUCUCCCAAAGGCGGUUUGUCUUGAGUUCUCACCAAAAAACACUGUCUUGGCAACGUGGCAGCCAUAUACUGCUUCGAAAGAUGGCACAGCUGGGGCACCCAACCUACAACUUUAUGAUGUGAAAACUGGAACAUGUUUGAAGUCUUUCAUCCAGAAAAAAAUGCAAAAUUGGUGUCCAUCCUGGUCAGAAGAUGAAACUAUUUGUGCCAGAAAUGUUAACAAUGAAGUUCACUUCUUUGAAAACAACAAUUUUAAUAUAAUUGCAAAUAAACUACAUUUGCAAAAAAUUAAUGAUUUUGUGCUGUCUCCCGGACCCCAUCCAUACAAGGUGGCUGUCUAUGUUCCAGGAAGUAAGGGUGCACCUUCAUUUGUUAGAUUAUAUCAGUACCCCAACUUUGGAGGACCUCAUGCUGCUUUAGCCAACAAAAGUUUCUUUAAGGCUGAUAAGGUUACAAUGCUAUGGAAUAAAAAAGCUACUGCUGUGUUGGUAAUAGCUAGUACAGAUGUUGACAAGACAGGUGCAUCCUACUAUGGGGAACAAACACUGCACUACAUUGCAACAAAUGGAGAAAGUGCUGUCGUACAAUUACCAAAAAAUGGACCCAUAUAUGAUGUAGUUUGGAAUUCGAGUUCUUCUGAGUUUUGUGCUGUUUAUGGUUUUAUGCCUGCCAAAGCAACAAUUUUCAACUUGAAAUGUGAUCCUGUAUUUGACUUUGGAACUGGUCCUCGUAAUGCAGCCUACUAUAGCCCUCAUGGACAUAUAUUAGUAUUAGCUGGAUUUGGAAAUCUGAGAGGCCAAAUGGAAGUGUGGGAUGUUAAAAACUACAAACUUAUUUCUAAACCAGUGGCUUCUGAUUCUACGUAUUUUGCUUGGUGCGCAGAUGGAGAGCAUAUUUUAACAGCCACAUGUGCUCCCAGGUUACGUGUUAAUAAUGGGUAUAAGAUUUGGCAUUACACAGGCUCUGUCUUACACAAGUAUGAUGUGCCAUCAAAUGCAGAAAUAUGGCAGAUUUCUUGGCAGCCAUUUUUAGAUGGAAUAUUUCCAGCUAAAACAAUAACUUACCAAGCAGUUCCAAGUGAAGUACCCAAUGAGGAACCUAAAGUUGCAACAGCUUAUAGACCCCCAGCUUUAAGAAAUAAACCAAUCACCAAUUCUAAACUGCAUGAGGAUGAACCACCUCAGAAUAUGAAACCACAGUCUGGAAGUGAUAAGCCAUUAUCAAAAACAGCCCUCAAAAAUCAACGGAAGCAUGAGGCCAAGAAAGCUGCAAAACAGGAAGCAAGAAGUGACAAGAGUCCAGAUACGGCACCUGCUCCUGUCACACAGCACACACCACGAAAUACUGCCCCUCAGCCAACUUCUGGAGAUCCUGAGAUAGACAAAAAAAUAAAGAAUCUAAAGAAGAAACUGAAAGCAAUUGAACAACUGAAAGAACAAGCAGCAACUGGAAAACAGCUAGAAAAAAAUCAGUUGGAAAAAAUUCAAAAAGAGAAAACCCUUCUCCAGGAGCUGGAAGAUUUGGAACUGAGUAUUUAAAGAGUCCCAGAAAGAAAACUGGUUGCCAGAAAUCAGUGUAAACACGUCUGUUAAACCUAUUGUCUUACACAGAAUAUUUAUGUGUCCACACUUAAUGUUCAUUUAUAAUUUUAACCCAUUUCUCCAAGAAUCUACAUAUAUAUGUAAUAAUUUAAUAAUGUCUAUUAAAUUGACUGUCUCUAUAUCCUAUAUCAUGUCAGUUCAUGAUAUAGCAAAGACACAUGAAAUUUUUAGCUAAGAUUGACAUUCUGAAAAACAAAUGUCAUUGCUUUGCAAUAGGAAACAAUAUUUACCAUAUAAAUAAAGGCAUUUUAAAU